AUGGCUCAAUACAGACCAUUACGUGUUUGUAAGUGUGGCAAAUGUGAAUGUGAUCUUGCUACAGCUCAAGAGCAGGAUCGUGAAGCUGAAAAAGUCCAUGAGUUUCUCUUUGGACUAGAUGAUAACUAUCGCACUGUGCGAUCAACUCUGGUUUCUCGGACUCCUCUUCAGCCUUUGGAGGAGGUUUACAACAUUGUGCGCCAGGAGGAGGAUCUUAAAACCACAGUUCGCCACAGUGAAGAGAUGCCAGAAGUGACGGCUCAUGCAGUUCAGGCGAGACCACGCAUGACUGUUGCUCGCAGUGAUACUCCUGACAACUCUGUGCUUUGCAAGCAUUGUCACAGAUCCGGUCACUCUUCUGAUUCAUGUUUUGCAGUGAUUGGGUAUCCGGAGUGGUGGGGAGAGAGACCACGUAGCAGAAUCACACAAGGACGAGGAAGAGGAGGAAUUGUUGGAGCUGCACCAGUUGGACGUGGGCGUAACGUCAAUUACGCUAAUGCCGUCCAGGUCCCUGCUCCUCCAACUAACGAAAUUGUGAAUUACACAAUCACAGAUCGCGAUCGUGAUGGUGUGAGCGGACUUAAUGAUGCACAAUGGCGUGCGUUGAUGAAUCUAUUGAAUGGUGGGGCAAACACAAGCUCAGAAAAACUCUCGGGUAAGUCCACAAUCCCUUCUUGGAUAAUGGAUACCGGAGCCUCUCACCAUAUCACGGGGAAUUUUUCUUUGUUAACGGAUGUGAGGAAUAUGGAUCCUGUUCUAAUCAUAUUGGCUGAUGGUAGAGAAAGAAUUUCAAUAGUACAAGGGACGGUUCUUUUGGGUUCACAUCUGAUAUUGAAAUCGGUAUUCUUUGUCGAGGGAUUUCACACGGAUUUGAUAUCUGUAGGACAGUUAAUGGAUGAGAAUAACUGUGUUGUUCAACUCGCUGAUCAAUUCCUUGUCGUCCAGGACCGCAUUUCGAGGAUGGUGAUUGGAGCGGGUAAACGGGAAUCUGGAACCUUCAGCUUCCGCAGAGCAGAGUUGAGUGCUUCGGUGAGGACUUGCGAUGACAAAAGCUAUGAGUUGUGGCAUCAUAGGUUGGGUCAUCCGUCUGCUCAAGUUGUUGGUUCACUUCCUCAUGUUUCUGUUUCUGUUUCUGAUGUUUCCAAUAAGGCGUGUGAUGUGUGUUUCCGUGCCAAGCAAACUCGUUCUUCUUUUCCGACUAGUAUCAAUAAGACUACUGAAGCUUUUCAAUUGAUUCAUUCUGAUUUGUGGGGUCCUUAUCGGACAACAUCAAACUGUGGAGCACGAUAUUUUCUUACGAUCGUUGAUGAUUUCUCUCGCUGUGUCUGGAUUUAUCUCCUCUCUGACAAAACAGAGGCACCAAUACAAUUGAGAAAUUUCUUCUCGAUGGUUGAAAGACAAUUCAACAGAAAAGUGCAAACUUUUCGGAGUGAUAAUGGGACUGAGUUCACAAGUCUCACAAAUUACUUUCUCCAACAUGGUAUUCUCCAUAAGACUUCUUGCGUGGGAACUCCACAGCAAAACGGAAGAGCAGAACGCAAGCAUCGCCAUAUUCUCAACGUUGCCCGAGCUUUGCGUUUUCAAUCAAAUUUACCGAUUGAAUUCUGGGGAGAGUGCAUUCUCACCGCAGGAUACUUGAUGAACAGAACACCGAGUGCAGUGCUUCAAGGGAAAACACCAUUUGAGAUGCUGUAUCAAAAAGUUCCAGAUUAUACACAUCUACGGGUUUUUGGGAGUUUAUGUUACUCUCAUAAUCAAGCACACAAAGGAGAUAAAUUUGCCUCGAGAAGUCGCAAAUGUGUGUUUAUAGGCUAUCCAUACGGGAAAAAGGGGUGGCGUUUGUUUGAUUUGGAGAAACAAGAGUUCUUUGUCUCUCGGGAUGUCGUCUUCUUCGAAAAUCAAUUUCCCUUUUCCGAUGAACCACAGAACAUCACGACAACAAUCAGUAAUGAGGAAGGAGUUCUUUGGGCUCCAAUUAGUACAGGCCCGUUUGUAGAAGAAGAAAACAGGCCCAACAACUCAUUGUCUCCAUUGGUCAGCCCAAUAGAAACUCCAAUCGAAGAAAACAUUAUGUCGACUCCGUCGUCUCCUUCUCCAACUCCUCUUCAUGAUAACUCUGCACAGUUGUCGCCUGAUUCACCUCCGGCAACCGAUUCCUCACCAUCUCCAUCUCCGACAUUAACUUCUGAUCCGCCGUCUCCAUCUCCCGUUCCUCCUCCUCCAGCGGAAUUACUUGGUCGUGGACAAAGACGGAAAACUCAAUCUGUCACAUUGCGAAAUUAUGUGACUAACAAUGCUCAGACCCAACUUCUCGACAAAUCAGGUGCUAAAACUCUUUACCCAAUCGCGAAUUACGUCUCUUCUGGUAGGUUUUCGGUUUCCCAUCGUGCUUACCUUGCUGCAAUUGUUGAGAAUGUUGAACCGAGAUCUUUUAAGUUGGCUUUUUCGAAUAUACGAUGGAGGCACGCGAUGCGUGUCGAGGUAGACGCGCUGGAAGAAAACCAAACUUGGACCCUAGAGGAGUUACCACCUGGAAAACGAGCCAUUGGAAGCAAAUGGGUCUAUAAAAUCAAGUACAAUUCUGAUGGUACUAUCAAUGCUACAAAGCCCGAUUAG